CACCUGCCUUACGCCAGCAGUUGCGCAGUGCCAAGCCAAUGACUCUAGAUUCUAACAAAGAAUACCACAAAAAGAAUGCUCUAGCUCCUGGUGGUGUAGUAUAGUUACUGGCAUUCUCGGCAGUGGUUUAAGAGCUUAUCUUUAGCCCGGUUUAUACAAAGAGGCUCACAAGCAACUACAUGGGAUAAACAUGUUCGAUUACGCCCAAGGCAACGAGAGUAGAGGAACCUCGCCAUUUCCAUCGUCGGCAUCCUUAAAUGACAGCCUCGGAGACAUAGACUUGGUAUCCGAUGCGGUGCAAUCAGUGCCCAGUAGGGGCUCUAGUUCGCUAGAGCCCCCCAAACCCCGAAGUAGCUCUCAGUUGGGACCGAGAAAGGGGCACAAGAAAUCACGUGGUGGCUGCUUUUCCUGCAAGAGGAGGAAAAUUAAGUGUCAAGAAACACUUCCUUCUUGUCUCAACUGCUUGAGGAGGAGCCUUGAAUGCAAAUACCCCGAAGUCCUGCCGCAUGAGUUGGACGUAAUGACUGUUCUGCGCAGGCAGAUUACCCGUCCCUCAGCUGCCCUCCAGUCUACACCCACUCUCUUCACUAUGGAUGAUAUGCGAUUUUUCCAGCACUUUAUUCUAAAUGCAUAUCCCCACUUACCUGUGAAUAAUUCUCAAGUUUGGAUACAGACCGUCCCUGCAUUUUCUCAUAAUUAUGACUACUUGAUGCAUUCAAUGCUUGGCUUAGCCGCAACUCAUCUCAGUGCUAUAACAAACGUCGACUACAGUGAUGCAGCACUUUCGCAUCGCGUUCGCGCCAUCGAAGGUUUUAACAAGGCCUUGUCAAAGAAACCCGAAAAAGAGCCUGAUGGCGAUGCUCUCUUGGCGACGAUGUAUUCGCUCACCUUCCAAUCGGCUUUUAUGAGCGACAGCCUAAUCGAGUUUCUGAUAAUGGUGCGAGGUUGCGUGAUGUUAUCAGGACAACUGUUAAGCCAAAGUUCGAUCGCCUUCUUCGUCAUAGAUUGGUACUCCCAUCUGAGAUAUAUGGAGCCAAGGCUGGAUGACCUUCCGUUCGUUGAUAUGGCUCUUGCAGAAGGGGCCGAAGCAUCCCUAGAAGCCUUGAACUUUGUUCUUGAGGAUGAAGUCAAUAGCUUUUAUUAUAGCGAACUUACAAAUGUGGUCAGUGGCAUCAAAGCAUCCUCAAAGCUAGGAUACUGGAGACUGGUCGGCAUUUACAACGUCAUGGGGAUGUUGAGCGAUGCCAACUUCAGUGCUUUUGCAAAUCCCAACAACACUGUCGGACAGAUACUUCUUGCUCAUUUUAUGGCCCUCGAAGUGGUCCUGUUACCGAUGCUCGAGCGGGAAUACGACAAGACCUUCCCCACAAACCAGCUUAUAAACCGAUGCAGUUGGUUUGAUUCCAUUGAGAGAUCUGUGCCCCCAGAAUUCCGACAUUUUGUCCGAUGGCCUGCUGAGAUCUUGAAUAAUGCCCGUGAAAAGUGGAAAGCAAUGGCAAUGACAUCUGGUUUAACUGUAGCUAAGAAGACAUAGGAAAUUUAAUAAGACAUAGACAUCAUCUAUAUAAUAGCUCCAAAAUUCGUUUCACAACAACUCUACGACUCUCCAAGACUUCUGCGUCAAUCCAACUUCUAUCUACACUUUAGACACCAAGCGGCUCUCGAGCUGGGUAUCAUCGGUCAUCUUUUCCGAAGGCUGGUUUGGCAAGUACCUUGCAGGGUGGUAGAUGCAGAACAUGAUAAUUGCUAUGAGCAUCGGCGCCGAGUCCAUGACAUAGAACAUCCACUCGUGCUCGAAUGGGUAUCCGUCAAUCCCCAGGGCGAACUCAAUGAGGCGAUAAAUACAGCGAAUCUGGAAUCUUGUCAGCAACUACGCUCCACGAUACAAACCAGACCUCAGACUUACGAUGACCAAACCUGACGACACAUACACCGCCAACAACACCUUCCGCCAUCCUCUCGGCGCAUCAGCUCUCCCCUCCGUAUUCGCCAACUGAUGGAACCUCCUCAGGAUCCCCACAAAGAACAGAAAUGCCGCCAACUGCGUCGCUAGCCCCGCAAUCAACACAUUCUCACCAAGCGUCGCAUUGCUCCCCUCCCAGUUCCCCGACGACGCAAUGCCCGAACCCGACACCUGGAUGAGUAAGCUGAUGAUAUCGCAGGUGAUAAAAAUCCGCGUCAGCUUGCGUGUCGAGAAUCCGUAGAUCCGCGUCAGAUGGCUGGGCAGAACGGCGAGGCACAGGCGGGAGACGAGCAUGUAGUCGCCAGCGCCGAUGAAGAUAGGGGCUAUGAUUACGAGGGAGCUUUGGACAGCGUAGGGGGGCUGUAGAGGUGGAGGUCAGUGAUGUGGUCUCUAUUUCUGCUUCUUAAGGGGGUGCGUACGAUUUGGUCAAGGUGCUUGAUGGCGACGGUGCGGGCGGCAUAGCCCCCUACUUCCAGGAAGGCGCCAACGAAAACUACCCAGAAGUAGUAGCUGCGGUAUCUGAUGAAGGUCUGGUAACCUUGGACAAACAUCGGGAUGGCGUAGAAGACUGCAAACACGAUGCUGACCGGGUAGUUGGGGUCGUAGGUCCAAAUGCUUUCCCCCAUCUCGACGAUGUCUGACGGGUUUGGAUUGGUUGAGUAACUAGGAACUUUCUGGAAAGAGUGCUGGAUGAAAGAUUUCAGGUUGAAUAACUGAGGCAGAAGAAUGAUGUAUUGAACUGUGUGCUGUAUCGCCUCAUCCUCCACGCUCUAGAACCCUCUUAUAUACACCUCAUCCUCCAUCUCCAUCCACGCAUUCAACUCUCAAACUGUCCAUCGAACCCGAGACGCGUAAUCGCACUGCCCGAAAAUAUUCAGGAACCACGCAAGCAAUGUUCCAGCAUGGCCUUCAAAUACAGAAUGCGCUCCGAAUCCGAGCCUCCAAAUCUCGCCAGCUUCAAUGGUGUCCUACCAUGGCGUCGGCAUUCGUAAGGCAGUGCUGGCGUGGAGAGUCGCUGAUUGGUAGGCGUUGGGGAUGGGCUUGGCAUUGCUCGGAUUCACUCGGUUUCCUAGGCCUAGCGCUGAGCUUGAUACUAAAGUUCCAUGGGAAGUGGGGA